GAGGUAUGUUGCACCCGUUCAAGCAACCAUUAUUAUUUUUGCGUAAAGAUCAGUAAGGUUCAAGUAUAAAUAGCGUCCAGUAUCAAAAGUUAACACAAAUUUGUUCAUCGAAGUUAUCGACUUCCUGGAAUGAAUAGGCUUAUAAUUAUCUUAUUGUUUUUAUUUUAAAAUUACAAAGCAAAACAACUUUCUUAAAAAUACCAUCUUGUGUUUAUCACUGAUCACAGUUGAACAGAUAAAGUUAUCUGUUGUCCAACAAACAAACAAGUCGUUUUGAGCUCUGUGUUUAAAACACACGCAUGUUUUGUACUACAACCGUCAUAGAGGUAAUAUAAUACAGCGUAAGUAUAAAUAUUCAAGAUUACAAUAAAUAUAUCUGGAGUUUUCCUUUUGACGAAACCGCAGUGUAUUUGUCGCUGAUACAAAACGUGUUUAUAAAAAUGAUAUAUGUCAUAGUUUCAUUAGUCGCUUUGUUCGUAUUUUUAUUCAACAGCAAGAAAAACAACUUUAGGAAGAUUUACAUAUUUUUUAAAACGUUAAAACGGGAUUUGAGUCUAGUCCGCAUCCUAAUUUGUAUGGUCAUUCAGUUCGCACUUUACCAAAAAAGACAAGACACAGUACCGAAACUGUUCAGUAAACUCGUAUCAAAAAAUUCCAAAAGAAAUGCGAUUUAUUUCGAAGAAGAAACAUGGACAUUUCAAGAAGUUGAGAACUUCAGCAACAAAAUUGCCAACUUUUUCAAAAGUAAAGGUUACAAAAGAGGCGACGUUGUGGCCCUGUUUAUGGAAAAUAGACCCGAAUAUGUUUGUGUUUGGCUCGGUUUGAGCAAAAUUGGUGUGAUCACAGCCCUUGUCAACAACAAUCUUGUUGGUGAUCCGUUACUACAUUCAAUCAGUGCGGUUCAACCUAAAUGUAUUAUCUAUGGGUCUGCGCUCAAAGACGUGAUAAAAAAUUCUUCUGACGCGAUACCAAACACAAAACUUUAUCAGUUAUCUGGAAGAAAUGAAAAAUCAGAACUACUUGAGGAGGCAGAAAAUUUAAACGUUAAAUUAGACCAAGAAUCCGACGCUAGUCCAACUGAAGAAAUCCGAAAGGGGAAACUGAGGGACAAGUUGUUGUAUAUUUAUACUUCUGGAACGACAGGUUUGCCCAAAGCAGCUAUUAUUUCAAAUGGGAGGUUCUUGAUGGUAGCAACUGGUUUACCUGCAAUGACGAAACUAACCAAAGAAGAUGUUAUGUAUAAUUCUCUCCCCCUGUACCACAGUACGGGUGCUAUGUUAUGCCUCUCACAUUGCCUGAUUACUGGUGGUCCGAUAGCUCUCCGGAAGAAAUUUUCUGCAUCAAAUUUUUGGAAAGAUUGCAACAAAUAUAAAUGCACAGUAGCACUUUACAUUGGUGAAAUUUGUCGGUAUUUGUUAGUACACCACACAAAUGAUAAUACUUUGAUCCAUCAUUCUGUUAAGAAAUUAGUUGGAAGUGGACUACGGCCACAAAUUUGGAAGGAAUUUGUCUCAAAAUUUAACAUCAAACAAGUAUUCGAAAUAUAUGGAUCUACCGAAGGAAACGUCAACAUGAUGAACCUUGAUAACACGCCAGGAGCAGUAGGUUAUUUUCCCGUGUGGUUAAAAUUUGUACACUCGAUGUCAUUAAUCAAAUGCAAUAUGGAAACAGCAGAACCAAUUCGGGGAAGUGAUGGUUUUUACCAAGCUUGUCAACCCGGGGAACCUGGACUUUUUAUAGGAAAAAUCAGUCUCAAUAAAAUCAUUGGGCAGUUCCUAGGAUAUGUGAACAAAGAAGCCAGCGAAAAGAAGUUAUUGAGAAAUGUGUUUAAACCUGGCGAUGUGUUUUUCAAUUCUGGAGAUAUUUUAGUCCAAGAUGAAUUAGGGUACUUUUAUUUUAGAGAUAGAACAGGAGAUACGUUCAGAUGGAAGGGAGAAAACGUAGCUACUUCUGAAGUGGAAGCAGUAAUUAGUAAUAUUUUAAAUCUCAGAGAUGCCGUGGUGUAUGGUGUAGAAGUGCCCGGUACUGAAGGAAGAGCCGGUAUGGCUGCUGUGGUAGACAAAGACAAAACGUUGGAUUUACAGAAGUUUGGUCAAAGUCUGAAAAGUAACUUACCAGCGUACUCGAUUCCAUUAUUUUUGAGGAUAAUAGAGUCGGUGGAAUUAACUGGUACUUUUAAAUUGAAGAAAACCACACUGAGACAAGAAGGUUUUAAUAUAGAAAAGAUUCAAGAUAAGCUGUAUAUGUUUGAUGCGAAGAAUAUUACUUAUGCAGAACUAACCGAAGAUAUAUACGACGAUAUAAUGACUGGAAAAGUUAGACUUUAGAGUUGUUAGCAUUUCUUAAAUCAUUUUAUAACGUAGCUGGUUUUAAAUAAUUAAUGUAAAAUGGGUACCUCUAUGAAACUCGGGUAAUUAGCAGAUGAAUUAGAAUAACAAGGCUUUUUACCAAAAUUAGGUUUCUUCAUAGCGCUUUUGACUGACAUGGCUUGGUUAAACCAUGUGUGAAAGACUGAACAGUCCGUUUAAAACUUUAUAAAGUAAUAUUUUAGAUAUUAGGUUUGUGUCAAUUUUGGAUCCAAGGAAGUAUUUAUAUUAAAGGACUGACGAAAAACAACAACUUUAUUGAAGUACAUAAAUCUAAGUUUAAUUAUUAUUAUUGUAAUAGGCCAAACAUCCCACCAAAAUGAGACAUGUGCACAAAAUUUUAAAAUCCACGAAAAAUUCAAAAGUUGGCCUUGAGCUGUGAUUGCCAAUAAAAAUGGAACCCUAGGCUGUCUGUUCUUUUUUGUGGUGGAAUGUAUUUAAAUGCAAUCUGAUGAAAAUACAACAUGAUGAAAUCAAGAUUUGAAAAGUAACUUUAAAUCAAAAUGCAAAAUAUGGAGAGGAAAUCGUUUAUUCUUUCUCCUUGGGAGGGAAAAGCUGUGAACUAAGCCUGUGAGGACUUAUUUCCUAGCUGCAGAAACCUCCGCAGCUUUAGAAAAUCAAUGUUACAAAUCUCCUUACAAAUAGGGUCAGAUGAAGUAAUUGUGAACGUAUUUUGCAUAUUUUUGUUAUUAUACCUAAUCUUAGAA